AUGCUUUACCUUGUGGGGUUGGGUCUCGCUGAUGAGACUGACAUCACGGUCAAGGGCUUGGAAAUUGUUAAGAAAGCCGAGAGAGUGUACCUCGAAGCGUACACAAGCAUUCUACUCGUUGACACAGCUAAGCUAGAAGAAUUCUAUGGAAGACCGGUGAUAGUAGCCGACCGUGAAAUGGUCGAAUCAAGCAGUGAUGAAAUCCUACAAAAUGCAGACAAAGUAGACGUUGCCUUCCUCGUUGUUGGUGAUCCCUUUGGGUACGUGAACACAUCACACCACACCACUCUUACCUUACGUGUUGGUUCUGGAUUUUCAACUAACGACAUAAUGAUUUCUAUUUAUAGGGCUACCACCCAUACCGACCUUGUCCUACGCGCUCGCGAGCUAGGGAUUGAAAUGAGAAAUAUUCCGAAUGCCUCGAUAAUGUCCGCUAUCGGCUGCACGGGCCUUCAGCUUUAUAGCUUCGGUCAGACCGUUAGCAUGGUAUUUUUUACCGAAACCUGGAAGCCAUCUUCUUACUACGAUCGGAUCAAACAGAAUGCUGAACAUGGCUUGCACACUCUUGUGCUCUUGGAUAUCAAAGUGAAGGAGCAAUCGCUAGAGAAUAUGGCGAGAGGAAGAAAAAUAUAUGAACCUCCAAGAUACAUGACGGUUGCACAAUGUGCCGAGCAAAUGCUUGAGACCGAGGCUGAGAGAAAGGAAGGCAUCUGUGGUCCUGAGAGCUUAGCGAUAGGUGCCGCUCGAGUUGGUGCCGUAGACCAACAACUUGUUGUUGGAACUCUUGAAGAAUUGACGAAGGUUGAUUUAGGAAAGCCCUUGCAUUCGUUGGUUCUUUUAGGCACAAAAACCCACGAACUAGAGCGGGACUAUAUCCGCCGAUUUGCUGUUGACACGGCCACAUUCGACAACAUCUGGAAGAAACAUUAUGAAGCUAAAUCAUAA